UGCUCAGCCUGCAGGUUGUGUACUGGGAUAUUUGUCCAAACAGAGGUACAUUCUUGUGUGCAAGAAGUUAACAUGGAGAAACACUGGUCUGCAGCCUGUGCACUGAUCAUUACCCUCGGUGUGUUUGUUCUGGCUGCCGAAGCUGAUGGCAAUUUAACAGUGAUUCUCCCAAAACCAGGCCACUGCCCGCGUCUCCUUAAUGUUGUCCCAUCACAUAAGGGCUGUGUGUGUGAUGAAGACUGUCCUGCAGACCACAAAUGCUGUGUCUUUGACUGUGGAGCUGUCUGUGUCCCCCCUGCUUUCACCAAGCCAGGAGUGUGUCCUCGCAGGCGCUGGGGCUCCGGGCUGUGUGCUGAGUUCUGCUCCAAUGACAGCGACUGCCCCAACCAGGAGAAGUGCUGCCACAAUGGAUGUGGACAUGAGUGCAUUGCCCCAUACACAGUGAAGCGGGGCCGCUGCGCUCUGCCCCAGGGGACCCCCAUGUGCGCCGAGUACUGCUACCACGACGGUCAGUGUCCCGGGGAGCAGAAGUGCUGCAAGACAACCUGCGGCCACGCCUGCAGCGAGCCCUGCUGAUUGGACGCUCGGCGGCUCGGCCACACGUGUGCACCUGUCCGGUUUCUUUCACACAGAGGCGUAUUAGGCGAUGUGAGAACAUGUCAUUUUCGCACUUGGGUCCAACAUUUGAGCAUACGUUUGCACAAAGUCUCAUUCUUUGGAGGGAGAGAGUAAAUUGUUCUCUUUAAUAUAGUUAAGGAGCCAUUUUUUCAUGUGCCUAUACUUUAAGUACACACAAGAAUCUGCAAAUUGUUGGUUUAUGCUUUUUUUUUAAUUAAGUUUCCUCAUCUACUUUUGGAAAUAAGUAAGAACUGUAGAAUACUCUGCUGUUGUGUCAGGAGUCUUCAGAAGACCUGCAGUGUUUUUUGAAUUCAAACUUGUUGAAUUUAAAGUAACCAAGUAUUUCUAUAUGAUAUUCUAGUAUAUUCUAAAUGGACUGAAAAUGUACUGUACUUAAAGCUCUCUUUUACUUGUAGAGUUUGAGGGUACAGAGUGAGUUACGUUCUCUUUGUAUUUCAGCCAAUAAACAUGUUUCAAGAACACAGAAAUGUGUUAUGUGUUCAUCA